UCGUUGGGUGCGGCCACACUAAUUCCAGCCCGAAAAAAAUAAAUUUACCCAAUUUUAAUCCGUGUAAAUCGCUGUGAAUUUAGUGUGAAAUAAUUGUGUUUUGCUGAAAACUGAAUCGUAUCGUUCCAAUGGCGCCCAAGGCACAAUCGGUUGGCAGCAAGCCCACGGCCAAGGCCUUCAAAAACAAGUCGAAGCCCACGGAUGUGCGCUUGUCGAACAUUCAAGCGGCGAAAGCCGUUUCCGAUGCCAUUCGUACCAGUUUGGGCCCCCGCGGCAUGGACAAGAUGAUCCAGGCGGGCAAUGGCGAAGUGUCCAUCACGAACGAUGGAGCCACCAUCCUGAAGCAGAUGAACGUGCUGCACCCGGCCGCCAAGAUGCUUGUGGAGCUGUCUCGUGCCCAGGAUGUGGCCGCUGGCGAUGGCACCACCUCCGUGGUGGUCAUUGCCGGCGCUCUGCUGGAAGCCUGCGAGAAGCUGCUGCAGAAGGGCCUGCAUCCCACGGCCAUUUCGGACUCGUUCCAGCGCUGCUCCAACAAGGCCGUGGAGAUCCUCAAACAGAUGUCCACUCCCAUCGAGCUGAACGACCGCGAGACGCUGAUCAAGAGUGCCUCCACCUCGCUCAACUCCAAGGUGGUGUCCCAGCAGAGCAGCCUGCUGGCCCCCAUUGCCGUGGAUGCCGUCCUCAAGGUCACGGACCCCAGCAAGGAGGGCUCCGUGGAUCUCAAGAACAUCAAGGUCAUCUCCAGCCUGGGCGGCACCGUCGAGGAUACCGAGCUGGUCGAUGGAUUGGUCUUCACCUGCCGCUCGGCCGGAUCCAAUGCUCCCAAGCGCAUCGAGAAGGCCAAGAUCGGGCUGAUCCAGUUCUGCAUUUCGGCUCCCAAGACCGAUAUGGACCAUAAUGUGAUUGUGUCGGACUACGCUGCCAUGGAUCGUGUGCUGAAGGAGGAGCGUUCAUACAUCCUCAACAUUGUCAAGCAGAUCAAGAAGUCCGGUUGCAACGUGCUGCUGGUUCAGAAGUCCAUCCUGCGCGAUGCUGUCUCUGAUCUGGCUCAGCACUUUUUGGACAAGAUCAAGUGUCUGGUGGUCAAGGAUGUGGAGCGCGAGGACAUUGAGUUUGUGUGCAAGACUCUGCACUGCCGUCCGAUCGCCUCGCUGGAUCACUUCACAGCCGAGAACCUGUCCAGUGCCGAGUUGGUCGAGGAGGUGGCCAGUGGCACCAACAAGUUUGUGAAGAUCACCGGCAUCCAGAACAUGGGACGCACAGUCUCGAUCAUCUGCCGCGGAUCCAACAAGCUGGUGCUUGAGGAGGCUGCCCGCUCCCUGCACGACGCCCUCUGUGUGGUGCGUUGCCUGGUGAAGUUGCGCGCCCAGAUUGUGGGCGGUGGUGCGCCGGAGAUUGAGAUGGCACUGCAGCUGGCGGCCUUGGCUCAAACUGUUGAGGGUGUGGAUGCGUACUGCUUCCGGGCAUUUGCCGAUGCCCUGGAGGUCAUUCCUUCGACUCUGGCCGAGAACGCCGGCUUGAAUCCCAUUGCCACGGUCACAGAGCUGCGCAACCGCCACGCCCAGGGCGAGAAGACGGCUGGUAUUAAUGUGCGCAAGGGCGCCAUCACAGACAUUUAUGCGGAGAAUGUGGUGCAACCACUGCUGGUCAGUAUUUCCUCAAUCACCCUGGCCACGGAGACGAUUCGCUCGAUCUUGAAGAUUGAUGAUAUUGUUAACACCUUCAGUUAAGCAUUGUGACCCGACUCCUUCGGUUCUCUGUCUCUGAUCAAGAUCAAUCUUAAAGCAUUUUCAUCUAAUCCCUCACAUCUUUUACCCAUUAUGCGAUUAUGCAUUAAAUUUGAAUACAAUUCACAUAUACACUACGCCUUACCAGCUUAAUAUGUAUUUAAAAAAAAAAAACGCGAAAACUAAAUGAUUAAAUACUUUGCUAACACAACCCAAA